AAUGGGCCCGUGCACGGCUAGUUUGUGAAGCUCGCGAGGACCAAUCUGAAUUCGACGAACGAACGCCCUCGCCAGUGUCGCAUAUCACCUGCGGCGUGCUUUCCGGCAGCUCUGCACAUCGUUCAAAUCGACGCUGUUUAGGUCGUCGGAGCUUUCACCAGCCUCCACAGGUGGAGCCGGAGAGCACAGCAUUUACCAUGUCGCUCCUGGACGCUGCGAGGACUUAUCUGGUCGAGGGCGAUUCGUCCGAGGCUCAGCAGCAGAAACAGCAGAAGGAGCAGCAACAGGACGGACCGCCAGCUGCGAUACACCUGCGUCUCUCGGCAGAGGUGCUCCAGCAGCUACUAGAAGAGGACUCUGGUCACUCGCGCGCGAUCAGCCUCUCUUGGUCGGCAAAGGCUGAUGAUGCGCAUCUCAACGUUGGUGAUGCCAGGCACGCACUCCAGCGGUCCACUGAUGCCUCGCCACAUGUCCUCUUUGCCCUCUCUGAUGCGACAAGCUCGUCUCAAGCAACAUUGACGCCACUGGGGUCUCUUCACGACAAGCUCGCUGUGCGACCGACGCCUGGCUCGUCUGCCAGCUUCACAUCUCGUCUCAAAGAGAGGCGAGAGGCCGAGGAGGCCCGCAAGAGUGAGCAUCGCACAGUCCUCCUCGACUCGGCACCGGUCACAUCGAAGAAGACCUCGAAGGGCUCCGGUCCCACAUCGAGCCUCAAGCUGCGGGCCAAGAGCCUGGCCCAAUCAUCGCCCACGUCGAGUCCACGAAUGGGCGCACUGGCACCUGGCUGGCAGAGCAGGGCAGGAACACCUGCCGACAGCAACGCAGGCAGCCAGCCAGGCAGCCCCUCACUCUCUGCUGCCGCCACGCCCGGAACACGGCCUGCGGCGCUCAAGUCCAGCUUGGCGAGAUCAUCAGCAGUGCACAGCGCAGCUGUGACGCCGACCUCCUCCCCAGGCCCAGCUGCUGCAGCUUCUCGAACCCCCAAGCCGUCGUCCACCGAGGCCGCACCUCCAACACUCAAGCGCAGGCUGAUUCAACUACUGGCAAAGGGGCCGCUGCCUCGUCGUGAUCUCGUCGCCCAGCUCAAGAGCACCGAAGCCGCCGUGCUCGGCCCUCUCAAGCAGUUCGCCCACCCCCUACCCGAGACGCACAACGGCAAGACGUCAUCUGGUGGACCGACUGUAGCCUCCUCAUCCGGCACCGCCUCUGGGCCUGGCGCUGUCUAUGCUCUCACGGACUCAACAUACCGCCACGUUGUCAUCGCCGAGUGGCCCGACUACACCGUCAAGGAGCGCCUACGGGUCUGCACACUGGCCGAGGAGGCCUUCCGGCGACUAGGCCUCGAUGAGAAGAGCAAGGAAUUCGCGAUGCUCCUUUCCGUCAAACAAAAUGGCAACAAGGAAUCCGACACAGCAGUAGAGAGGGGGCGCAGACCGCCUUCUUCCAGCCUCCCUGGCGGAGGCGCCACCUCGUCCGAGCUGAGCAGCGACGACGACGGUACAGGCCGUAAAGCACGCUCAUCGACGAGCGUUAGCCCGGCGAAGGCGUCCAGCGCGGCAUUACGAAAUGUGCCAAGCAUCACAUCAUCGCAGGAGAGCAUUCAUAGGUCAAGAGACGCCUCGCUGGCCCGCAGCAGCUCGAAUUCGGACGACGAGCGGCCGUCUGCGAGCAAGAAGAGUACCAACACGACUAUGAACCGGCUUCGCAAGGCGGCAAAGGGCAAGGGCACGAAGACGGGGAGUGCUGCCUCGUCGUCGCGAGCAGAAAAGGAGCGGCAGGUCGAGAAGGCCAAGCUGGCGGCGCAGCGAGAAGAGGCGCAAAGGAGCAAGAAAGUACAGGAGAAGGAAGAAACAAAGAAGACGGCAGACACGGUAAAAGGUAGCCACAUCUCACCCUCUAAGCAGCAGCAACUUGCAUCCUUGUCGUCGUCAUCGUCGUCGUCUUCUGCCCUGCCGUCUUCGCCUUCAAUCAAGAAAGCUGCCCCUUCAUCCGUGGCGCUUGCGUCGCCCUCCUCAUCUUCGUCGCCUCUUCCUCGAUCAUCGGGGGCAAAAUUGUCAUCGCCUGCUCCCUCGACACUGAGCAACAAGGUCAAAGUCCGGACUGUACCGGCAAAGAGCAGCGUCGACUACAGCGACUCCUCCUCUGGCGAUGAGGCGCAGCAGAGACGGGGAAGGCCGACUGCACCGCGAUCAGCUGAGCAGCCAAGCUCGAGUUCGGCCAAGACUGCUUCCUCCUCUUCGCUGGACGCGGCCAAGAAGACUUCGUCGUCAGUCGCUGAAGUGCCUGCUGCGAAGAAGAGAAGGACAUCAGGAGAGGUGGCCAAGAUUAGCAAUCCUCGCUACUACACUUCCUCUUCGGCGACCGACUCCUCGCGUUCGCCUUCACCUGCUCGGGCGCCUAGGCAGCACAGCUCGGGCAUGGUGGCUGCGGCUGCUGCUGCUGCCCCCACUGCUGCUACGUCUUCACAGACACCGUCGAGGCACGGCGUGGGGGCUGGGGCCAUCUCGACGGCCGAGCCCUGGCUCGACGUGCGCAAUCCCAACGAUUGGUCGAAGCUGAGCCAGCGGUACAGGCGCGUGUUUGAAGAGUACCGCGGCGCGCUCGAGACGGUGCGCAACGAGGAGGCGAGGAUUGUGCGCGAGGUGGCCAAGGCAAAGGAGCACGACGACGAGGAAGACCGUGCCAAGAGGUCAGAAGGGGCGGGGCAGAUGGCGCGGGGAGACGGGAGGUCGCUGGAGGAGGGCGAAGAGAAGGAGGAGGGCGAGGCGAGCCCCACGGCUGGCUCCGCCGCCAAGUUUGGCGGUGCGCAGGGUCCGGACCCAGGCUCGCGGACGCUUACGGCGCCUGUCUCAAAGAGCGAGCCCUCCUCUACGUCGCCCGAACAGGAAGAGACGACGGCACAGUUUUCGUGGCGCUCUUCCUCGCCCCAUGCCGGAUCAGGCACUUCAAACCGAGAUGGCUUCUCAGCAGCCUCGUCCUCGACGCCGCUCCCCUACACGAAGCUCAAGAACUUGGUCGACACGGUCCAGACACUGCAGAGCCAGCUUGGCCGGAUGAAGCAGACACUCGUCUCUUCCAAAAGACGCCUGGAGGAGACUGCCGCCGCUGCUUCGUGAUGAACAAAGAUGAUGAAUGCAUCGCUGCUCUUUUCUUGUAUUUCCACAUCUCACUACUACAACUAGAUGCUGUCUACUAAUUCACUUUCUUUUGAUGCAAGC